AUGCGAUGCGCGAGCAAGGCCGCCGAGAGCGCGUCCGCACGUCUUUGUGCGGACGCCGAAGCAGAAACCACAGCAACUGAUGUCUCAUCGGUUGCUACGGCGACUCAGCUUGUGUCACCUGGUGAUGCAGGCGCUGGUCAUGAAGACACUCAUGUCUUCACAGAGUAUGAGCUCGGUGUCUCAUACUCUCCUGAUACGGAAGAAGGAUCCGUAUCGACGGCGAUUGAAUCCAAGCCGCCUGCCAAGCGUGGCAUGGACGAUGCUAUGCGUCGCAGCAUCUUUGAUUCAUCUGAUGAAUCAGAUGAACCAUCGCCGAAGCGAAGGCGCUCGAGGUCGCGAGACUCGGGCGCUAACAGUGGUGUCGGUUCUCCUAUGGACACCACUUCGCAACGAGGUGCCAGUACUUCUGUCGGCACGUCGCAGGAAGAGCGGGAUCGCAAUGUGUUGCGUCUCGCUCCCGAGAAGAAGGCAUGGAUGCCUCCUAAAUCUGUCAUGGAUCACUUGUCGGUGAUGACGAGUGAUCGUUAUCGAACACGGUUGUUCGAUUCGUCAAGGAUCCAUCACCUUGACCCCAGCGCGAAAAACUAUCGCGCUGAAAACGAAUUCUUCAUCGAUGCUUUCUUUGGACAUCGAUGGUACAGUGGGAAUCACAAGCGUGAUGGUCCCUCACUACUUCAAGCGUGGAACGCCUACAUCCAUAACCUUGAGGAUGUAGGUCGUGACGCUUGGAACGACAAACUUAUCAAAGCUCGUGAUAAGUUUGAAAAGCGAACCCCGACAGGUGCACGCUACAAGCGGCAUCGUCUGUCUAGGGAGAAAGGAUUACCCUGUCUCUCUUGGGGAGACUCGUGCCCGUGUUGUGUGAACAACUCUGCGCGCGCACCUAAGGAGGCUUACCUCCUUACUAGCCCGUGGUGGCGCGUACGUAUCUCUACUGAGAUGUACGAAGGGAUUGACAGUCUGAAAUCCCUUUUUGACCGUGCCGGGAAGACUUUCUCCGGCGGCCCUUCUGCGGCACAGGAUGUGCCGCGUCGUACUGCUCAACCAAACCCAGUACGUCAACCAUCAGUUGGGAGCGGGGCUCCCAAGUAUCCCAGGACGGGGGAUAGCCGCGCCACCGGACGAGAUAACUCGUCCGACGUCCGUUCACGUCGCGGUGGUUCAACAGCUGCUCAACUAGAUAGCGCUGGCCACCGGGGAGUCCUCUAA